UGAGGUAAAGUUCGAGCUGUCGCCGCCGCCGUCGUCGCCGCCACGGCCGACCAGCCGGAGGAAGCCUCGGAAGGAGCGGAGAUGAGGCGACCGCGCGGCGGCGCUUCUUCCUCGGCCAGGCCCGGCUCGUUGUUGCUGCUGCUGCUGCCGUUGCUGGCUUGCGGGCCGAGCCGGGCGAAGGAGGCCGAAGCGGGCGCUGUCACUUGCGGCUCGGUGCUGAAGCUGCUCAACACGCGGCACAACGUGCGGCUCCACUCGCACGAGGUCAAGUACGGAUCCGGUAGUGGUCAGCAGUCAGUGACUGGAGUCGAAGGAUCAGAUGAUGCUAACAGCUAUUGGCGGAUCAGGGGCAGAAGUGACGGAUCCUGCCAACGAGGAAUACCAGUAAAAUGCGGGCAGUCCGUCCGCCUUACUCAUGUUAACACAGGGAAGAAUCUGCACACCCAUCACUUCUCAUCACCGCUCUCCAACAACCAGGAAGUGAGUGCCUUUGGCGAUGACGGUGAAGGGGAUGAUUUAGACGUGUGGACAGUUCAGUGCAGCGGAACCUUCUGGGAGCGAGACGACGCAGUGCGUUUCAAGCACGUGGGAACUGAUGUGUUCCUUUCAGUGACGGGGGAACAAUACGGCCACCCCAUCCGGGGUCAGCGGGAAGUUCACGGGAUGCAUUCCGCUAAUCACCACAACUACUGGAAAGCCAUGGAGGGGGUUUUCAUCAAGCCCAACUCGGACUCCACGAAGCAUGACGAACUCUGAAUAUGUGCUGAUGAGUGUUUCCUCCCCUCCAACCCCCUCAAAUUCCCCUCCCUCAAAGCUCAGCAUCUUAAAAAGGCAUGGAGACGCCUUUGGGAGGGCAGUGUCUCAUGCUUCAUUCUGAAUGAUCUAAAUCCGACUGGUUCCUCUUCCCUUUUCCCUACCAUUUCCUCUUCCUGUCUCGUUCAAUUGCCCCCCCACCCAGUUUUUUUUCCCCCCUGAAGGAAAGAAAAGUGAUUUGCUGUCUAUAUUCUUAAAUUCCGAGGUGCAAUAAAACCUAACUUUUGUAAUUCUU